AUGUUUGUGCUAGCACUUCUGGAGGACACUGUGGCUGUAAAGCCGCACGAACUCGACAAGGAGUUGGGAGCGGUGCUGAGGCGUCGCAUUAAUCAACGACUUUCUAAUAAAGUAGUGCCAGAGUUGGGGCUUUGCAUAUGCGUAUACGAUCUAUUGGAAGUGGGUGUUCUCUAUAUAUUACCAGGCGAGGGCAGUGGUCAUACAAGAGUUAAAUUCCGUCUAGUUGUAUUCCGGCCUCAUGUUGAUGAAGUAAUCCAAGCACGAGUGGUUUCUUCAAACAGUCAUGGACUAACCUUGUCAGUGGAAUUUUUCGAAGACAUUACCAUUCCCGCUGAACGGCUUCCCGAGCCACACGUGUUCGAGCAGAGCGAACAGGUUGUUCUUUUCAUGAAUAGAGAGAGUAUUUUGCUACAAUAA